AUGUAUAAAAGCAAUGAGAUAUUUUCAAUUUUUACUAAAACUUAUUUUCUGUAUAUGAAAAAAAAAAUUACCACAAAUUCGAAAGUUAUCAUGAUAUCUGCUUUUUUUUUUAUAAUUUUAUUAAAUAAUUAUUUUACCAUUGAAGAAAAUAUAACAAGAAAAAAUUUUAAAAGAUCUGUAGACCAAAUAAAUACUUUUGUACUAAACUUUCCGGAAUUAACUGAUUCAAAAAUAAAUAGUAGAAAAAAAAGAAAAAUUAUAACAAAUCCAAUGAGUAAAUGGCCAUUACCAAUAUAUUAUCACUACAAGUCACCUAUAAAUUCUAUGGCCAUUAAAAGUGUAAUAACAAUUAUUGAAAGAGAAACAUGUAUUAAAUUUCGAAAAAGAAAAUCUUCUUUUUUUUUUUACCUGGUAUUCGUUAUAAAUAUACAGGAAAAUGUUCAAGUGUUAUAG